AUGGCCGUGACACUGAAUAAGACCAUCCACCUGCCUUCUGGCAUCAAGAUCUUCUAUCGGGAACAAAGCCAAGUACCCAAUGCCCCGAUAAUCCUACUACUCCAUGGCUUCCCAUCAUCGUCACACCAAUACCGCAACUUAAUCCCUAUCCUCGGAGCCAAAUAUCGCGUGAUAGCCCCCGAUCUACCAGGAUUCGGCUUCACCGAAACACCAUCAACCUACAAAUAUACCUUCGACAACCUAGCAAUAACAAUGACCGAGUUCCUCGACGAACUCUCUAUCACGAAAUUCUCAAUUUACAUCUUCGACUACGGCGCCCCAACCGGCCUCCGACUCGCCCUCCAACGCCCAGAUUCAAUCCAAGCCAUAAUUUCCCAAAACGGAAACGCCUACGUCGAAGGCUUCGGCGAUGUCUGGGCUCCAAUUCAAGAUCUCUGGGCCAGCAACAACGCCCCCGAACACCGCGCUAAAGUCGCGCAGGCCAUGCUCACUCUGGAAACGACCAAAUUCCAAUAUGAGAACGGUUCCCCGGAUAUCAGUCGCGUUGCGCCGGAGUCUUAUUAUCUUGAUUAUACUCUCAUGGAACGUCCUGGGAAUAAGGAAAUCCAGUUGGAUCUAUUUAUGGACUACAAAAACAACAUGCCUCUAUAUGAAGACUUCCAGGCGUAUUUCCGGAAAUCAAAGAUUCCUCUUCUUGCUCUUUGGGGGAAGAACGACGUUUUCUUCAUCCCGCCUGGAGCCGAGGCCUUUAAGAGGGACAAUCCGGAUGCUGAGGUGAAGUUUAUUGAUGCCGGGCAUUUUGCUGUCGAGACGGACUUUGAGUAUAUUGGGAAGGAGAUUCUGGUCUUUUUGGGAAAGCUAUCUUUGUGA